AUGGGAAAAGGUAAAAGAGGGACCACUCUACACUGUCCUCCGGCGGAGAAAAGAAGGCUCGUCCCCUCACCGUCCCCGAACCACCUCCUAUUAAACCGGAGUCUCCGCCUCCGUCCUUCGAGGACCCGCCAUCCUCACGCUUCUCCACACCACCAUCCACCAGAGCUUUUCACGACACGCAGCGAACCCACCGAACCGGCGAAGAGGGACACAUCUCGAAACUCAGAUCUGCUAACGCCAAACUCACACCGAGCUAUUCUGCCGUCCUCUAGCAGAGAUUCACCCAUGGAAAGUUUAGUGACAACCUCACUGAGCCACCCGAGCUUCCGCAGCGUCUCUCCCACCGGUUAUCCACGCCCAUCGCCGCCGGAGAAAAAACUGGAUCUAAUCUUCACGUCGUUGAGCCACCAAUCCGCCAAUGAAGAACUUAAAAGCAAAUAG